AUGUCAUCCCCGAUUCCACUCUUCUACCGGUUUAUCUUCCUAUGGUAUGAGCCAUUGAACGCAGCGUACGGUGUUUACCUUACUCUCGUCACCCCCAACGUUUAUCUGGGCCAUUAUUUCCCCGACAAUUCUGCGACCUGGAAUCAUGAAUACGACUUCUGGUUUGGCCAAAUGGCCGCCGCGUUUUUCUAUGUCGCCACUAGCCAGGCCAUUCUGUUUCGCUAUACAAACGACAUCGGAGUGUGGAAGAUCCUCAAUGCCUGUCUCGUAGGCUGGGACAUUAUCUUACUCUACAGCUACUGGAUUGCAUCUAGUGCCCAAGGAAGAGACUCUCCCCUUCAAUGGCUACCUGGAGAAUGGACCAAGUGGUCUCUUACAUUUGGCCUCGGACUCAUUCGAGCUGCGUUUGUUUUGGGCGUGGGGCUCAAGGAAGGAAAGCCACCUGCUAAAACGAAUUGA